AUGCUUUUCAACUUGGCUGUUGAGUUGUUGCAUUUGUUGUUAACUAAAGCAGUGGAUUUGGGACUGUUUUUGGGGUUUGAUUUAGGAGUGCAUGACAGAGCAUUCAAACUGUCACAUCUUCAAUUUGCGGAUGAUCUUAUAAUUUUCAGUAAAGGCUCUAUUCGUGAGUUGAGGAAUGUUAGAAGAGUGUUACUCAUUUAUGAGCUUCCAGUGGGGUUGAAGUUAAAUCUAGGCAAAAGAAGGAUUUUUGGAGUAAAUGUUGAACAUGAGGAGUUAGCUACUUGGGCAGACGUUAUUGGUUGUUCGGUUGGAUAUCUUCCAUCGAAAUAUUUAGGACUGUCUUUGGGGUACAAGAGGAAUUCGGCUGCUAUGUGGGAUCCUAUAGUGGAGAGAUUUCAUACUAAAUUGAGUGGCUGGAUAGCUAAAUCGUUGUCGAUAGCGGGAAGGGUGGUAUUGGUCAAAUCGGUGAUUUGCUCUCUACCCGUCUAUUUUCUUUCUAUGUUCAGAAUUCCAGCUUCUGUGCUACUUAAACUUAACUCUAUCAUGGCUUCAUUUCUGUGGGGGGGUUCGGUUGACAAGAAAAAAAAUCCAUUGGGUCAAUUGGAAGUCGGUUUCUAA